CACACGAGGCCCUACGAGUCGUUUUAUGAAUAGAAAAGGCGGACACAAAUGCGACUAGAUACAACUCUUAGGUCAGGAAAGCAUGGGCAGUGUAUUGGCUGCCAGCUCCCCAAACCCUCCUGGAGCAGGGGGUGGUACCCAAGGGGGCCCUGGACUAGUGACGGUGCCUCCAGGAUUCACCAUGCCACCUGUGGUCCCAGGCACACCUGGUCAGCCUGGGACAGAGUCCGAUGGCUCUCUUCUUAACCCAGGCACAUUUGAGGAGUGUCAUCGUAAAUGCAAAGAGGUCUUCCCAAUUCAGAUGGAGGGAGUGCGACUGGUGGUCAACAAGGGUUUAAGUAAUCACUUCCAGGUUAGCCACACCAUUACUCUGAGCACCCUUGGAGACUCGGGUUACAGGUUUGGAGCCACAUAUGUUGGGAGCAAGCAAACUGGCCCAGCUGAAUCUUUCCCAGUAAUGGUUGGUGACAUGGACAACACAGGCAGUCUCAAUGCACAGAUUAUCCAUCAGAUGACUACACAUGUACGCUCUAAAGUGGCUAUGCAGACACAACAACACAAGUUUGUGAACUGGCAAUGUGACGCAGAAUACCGCGGAGACGACUUUACCGCUGCCGUAACUCUCGGCAAUCCAGAUGUCCUCGUUGGAUCUGGUAUCCUAGUGGCUCAUUACCUUCAGUCUCUGUCUCCUGCCUUGGCGCUGGGUGGUGAACUGGUCUACCACAGGAGACCUGGAGAGGAGGGCACAGUGACGUCAUUAGUGGGCAGGUACACAGGCAGCAACUAUGUGGCCACGUUGACUGUUGGAGGGGCUGGCGCUCAUGCAUCCUACUACCACAAAGCCAAUGACCAGCUGCAAGUCGGGGUGGAGUUUGAGUCAAGCACACGGAUGCAAGAAACAAGUGUGUCUUUUGGCUAUCAGGUGGACCUGCCCAAAGCUAAUCUUCAGUUUAAAGGUUCUUUAGACAGUAACUGGGUGGUGGGGGCUACGCUGGAGAAGAAGCUGCAGCCCCUUCCCCUGUCUCUGGCCCUUGGCGCCUUCCUCAACCACCGCAAGAACAAGUUUCAGUGCGGCUUCGGCGUCACCAUCGGCUAAGGGCGAAGCCCAGCGGUGAAGGUUCGUGGCGGACUCCGCCCCUCUGCCGGCCUCGGACUGGUGAAGGGAGACGGGGGACACAGAGCGCCGCCGCGACGCAUGCCCUGGCUCCCAGCGGCCCUGCAGUUAACCCCCACCUCAGACGGACCACAACCAAGAGCUGGCAGGACUGACUGUACUGAGUCCGUCUAUCCCUCAUCUGUUUCUACAAAAAAUCCCAACAAGCAAACAAAAAAACGGGAAAAAUGAGACAGUUUGGCAGUUUGCUCGUCCACUUCAUGAUUAGACAAGUAUAAUGCUAAAAUAACUAAGGAAAAAAAUUCUUGUGUGCUUAUGAUAUGGUGCAUCUAGAUUUCAUGGGGAUGUCUUUUUUUGUUUUAUGAUUGUUCCUCAUGAUUUCUGCAGUUUAAACCCCCGACAUCUGUAUCUGGGCAUAUUUCUGAAAGGGAAACGUUUAAUCUGUUAAGUCUUCUCAUUCCUGUUCUGAACAAGCAAGUAUGCAUACUUAAGUGCUUACUUCAAAUACCUUUGCUUUACAGGACUUUCAUGAUGUGCCCCCCCCCCCCUUUUUUUUUUUUUUUAACUUAAUGUGACUAUUGUCAGGAAACCAAUUUACUCACUUUUCCAUUUCAAAAGCUCAAAAGCAGCGUUCUGGUUAUUCAGGAACAGAAAAAAGUGGAAAAUAAGCAGGUCACUAUCUCCCAUUUCCAGUUUGUAGUAUACUGUACUGUUAUGGAGUGAACGUUUCCCUGUCCCAGUGUCAGACAUGUAGUUUUGAAAGGUAGUGGAUCUCUGUGUCAUUUCAUUUGAGGCCUUGGUCCAAAUUUGUAUGCUGGGUUCGUAUUAACACAUUUUUUCCAGUAGAGUCAGGGAUCACUUUUCAAUGCCACAAAUUGAAUCCAUUGUCAUUUCUUCAUAUUGGUUUGAGGAUGAUGUAAACUCUGGAUUAAGUUCUCAUUGUAAAGCAGUCAUAGACAUGAUGGCAUGCUGUUGUCUGCUGAAGUGACUCAGUUUACACACGGUCCAGCUUCAAACUGAAAAAGUCUGGUGUCUGUUAUCUCACAGCAAAGUCACUUUAGCUGAAAUCCAGACUGUCCAACAGGAGACUUGGUGAGUAAAAAACACAUCCUACUGGACAAUCCUGACCUUCCAAUAGCUGCAAAAUCUUGCUACUAGCCCUGUGUUAGGUUCGAUUCCUCAAUAUUUUAAGGAAAUGAUUAGUGACUACAUUUCCCUGGAUAAAGGGGGAAGUGAUAUUUGUGGAGGGGAAGCAUGUUACAAACAGUGGUUGUUAAUCAUUUUCUUGGGGUGGGACUUACUGCCUUUUUCCUUGGCAUGUGGGGCGUGCAAACACUCAGAUUUGCUCAGUUCCUCCAAGAAAUGGUACCAAAUCCAGACAUCACAGAAUUCAUGGUGGCUGGUUUCAUCAAGACUACUGUGUAUCAUAUUGGGUUGGGCAUGUGUCCCAUUUGACUGCCUGUCUAGAUAAUGUGCAUUAUUACCCUGUAGUAUUCAUUUCUCAUGCAAUGAUUUCAUGUCUUUGACAAGGAGAAAGACUACUUUUAUGGGUGUUUUGAUUAUUUUACAAUGAAAAUUAAAAUCUGGCUCUGGUUUCAAUAUUGA